UGCAAAAGAUUAAUAACCAAAUAUAUUUUUUAGCACUGCAGAAGUUGGGACAUGGGCGUUUGGUUGUAAACAGUGCAGUGCUGCAUAUUGUAUACUGCUAAAGUAGACAUCCUGGUUAGGAUAAAUAUUUACUAUUUUUAUCCAGUGUCAAUUUACAGUGGAGACACAGUGGAAACAUCACCAGCAGAGGGAGCUUCGUGGCUGGAGGAAUAUUGGUUUUUAUUAUUUAUUAUUAGGUACACCUAGCUAAUAUUAAUGCAGGCUAAUACAACAGUCCUGCAAUAAGUCCUCCCUUCAUGAAGAUUAUAAUGUUCAGUUUUUGUUGCAACUAUUUUAGAGAAGUGUUGACUCAACUGUAUGGUCAUUUUGGAGGAUGUUGUUUACAGUGCUGUUGAUCUGUGUUAUACGGAGAGGAGUUUGUAAUUUUGUCUACCCCAUCUAUAUCAGUGAGGGUAAAUAUCACAAACAAGCUGAAUCAACACCUUUACAAACAGUUUAUUUCAUCUCUUAAAAAAAUUAAAUCUGACCACUGACAUCAAAUAACAAUCAGUAUAACUGACUUCUGUGUAUUGCAACUGACAAUAAUGAAUUUGGACGCUGGGACAUCCAUACAUAAGGAUACAAUACACAAUAAGUCCACCCAAAUGCCGCUGCCUUCAAAAUGACUUUCUCUCUUCAGACAGACCAGCAUCAGCUGGAGGCAGGAGGCUGUAUAAGCUGAGGUUGACAAGAAAAACUCAAAAAGGAAAAAAAAAAAAUCAAUAAAAUAGUUCAGUUUGUUUUCAUAUAAUGCAUAAACACAGGUCACAAGAUACAGAAUCUCCCUGUAGUAAUUAUCAGAUUGUUACAAAUGCCUGUACAUUCAUUGUUCAAUCUAUAUUCAGUUGCUGUGUAAUGUUUUCAGUGAGUCAUCCAGGAAAGGCAGUGCUCAGAUCAGGAAGAACAGGUUACUGUCUUGAUGAGUAAAGCUAAUAGUUUUGCCUUUACUGUGGCCCAAUUUGACUGAAUCACAUUCAUUUCACUAUUGUACUCCCAAUUACACUGGGUUGUACAUUUCAAACCACAAAGAAAUUAAAGAACUUGUUUGAGCACUGUACCAAACAAUUAUCUAUGGAUUAUGUAGUACAUGCACAUGCAUGUGCACAUGCAAAUCUAUUGACAAGUAAAGCCACACAGUUUGAUAUUGGUGCAGAUGCUGCUGUGUGUCUGUAAACAAGAUUGACAGGCAGAGCAGGUAUGUAGCAACGGACUAUGGCUCCGAUUGUAGGGAAAUUCAGUAUUUGCAUCAGGGCUUGCAUUACAAGGUGGAGAAGAUAAUCAUAACCUCACCUCUCUCAGUAUUAGUACCAAGGCUGUGACAAAGAGAGCAGUCUCAUGUUUCAGCAGGCUGACACUCCUCUCUCUUUGCUUUGGGAGGAGUCAGAGAGGCUUUUUAGAGCCAUUUAACUUUAUACAGACGCUUAAAGAUUAGUUUAUGAGCAGAAGAAAUCACUGCAACACUCACUGGCCCUGAGGCGAGGACCUGCAAGAUGCACUGCUAUGAGGACUUGGUCAACUGUCUCAGCUGUGGGAUCAUCCUGAUAGGACUCGGGCACUUGGUCCAUCACAGGAAGACGCAAACCUCCUAUGGGCGCCAUAUGGUACUCUCUCCUCCAGCAAGGACAGUCCCAGCCAGACUAGCCUGGUUCCUCCAGGAGAUACCAGCUCUCCUGGCGCCCCUACUUUUAAUGUUUACCUCACACAAACCCUCCAUUACGGGGAAGCACCUGCUGCUUGGGACCUUUUGCACGCACUACUUUCAAAGGACAUUUGUCUAUUCCCUACUGACCAGAGGAAGGCCUUUCCCACUGGGUGUGAUGGUGGCAGCAGGUUUCUUCUGCACUCUGAAUGGUUUCCUGCAGGGACACUACCUGCUGCACUGUGCUCACUUUGAUGAAGAAUGGUCAGCUGACUAUCGCUGUAAAACUGGUUUAGUGCUGUUUUACGUUGGAAUGGCCAUCAAUAUACACAGUGACUAUAUUCUUCGUAACCUGAGGAAACCAGGAGAAGUAAGUUACAAGAUUCCUACAGGAGGUCUGUUUGAAUAUGUGUCUGGUGCCAACUACUUAGGAGAGAUCGUGGAGUGGUUUGGCUUUGCUGUGGCCACCUGGUCUCUUCCAGCCCUCUCAUUUGCUGUCUUUAGCCUGAGUUUCAUUGGACCAAGAGCCUAUUACCAUCACAGGUGCCUAAGACAUUCCCAAAACGCUGAGCAGUCCUGUCACAGUACAUUAAUACUCCCCUGUCAAACUUAUCCAACUUUGCCAUAUUCAAUUUCUGAGUGAUAGUUUUCAUCUCCCCCUCUGUUACAGGUUUUAUCAAAAGAAAUUCAAAGACUAUCCCAAGUUACGAAAGGCUUUAAUUCCAUUCAUCUUCUGAGAGAAAAAGCACCUGGCGGUCAUCUUGUAAGGGCAGACAAUGAUUGAACCAACAGCAGAAGGAAUCUGCACUCAUUUUACUUCUCACUUGGUGAACUUGGUGCACACAAGAAGAGAUUGUGUGAGGAGAAAUAAAGUUAUCCAAAUAGUAGAUGUGCAAUAAUCAAAGUAACAUAUAUAACAAAUAACACAUCUCUGUACAGUGACUGUAAGUUGGUUCAGAAAUCACCAGAUGUGGUCUGUCACAGUGUCUACACCAUGUCAUAGAGCACUGUGAACAGUUAUGGUGUUAGGGUGGAACAUUUGAUUGCCUGUGGUUAGACUUUUUAUUUACAUAGCUGUUUAUCUGUCAGUUUAUCUUACCAGUCAGCAAGUUCAGACUGGUCAUUUUUUGGAUUCAGCAAAAUGUAAUGGAAAAAAAGGGCGGAAAAUUCCAACAGAAAAAUGCUGGUAGUUUGUUGGUGCUGUACUGGCAACAAAAUAUGUGUCAGCAUCUGUUGCAGCACCCCCUGGUGCUGAACAAAGGCCACUGCAGCAGAAACAUUCUGACUUGUAAUGGUGAAGGGUUGAUGAAUUGUUCCAUAGAAGCUGAAGUCUUUUGAUUCAUUACACUUGCAUACUCCCUCAGAAAUC